AUCUGUUCAGGAUAUCCGCCUCCUGAUUCAUACCUUAAACCUUCCAUUUAACCUUAUAAAACCCGUUUAAUCAUUCUCAACUCUUCAAACAUUAUAUGGUAGAACACAAUGGAGUCUAAGUGUUUACUUCUUAUCUAUCUUCUGGUUUUGCAGUCUCUGGCACUUCUCUGUGUUUCCCAGGAUUUUGAUUUUUUCUACUUUGUUCAACAAUGGCCAGGGGCUUACUGUGACUCAGACAAGAACAGUUGUUGUUACCCUACAACAGGGAAGCCUGCUGCUGAUUUUAGCAUUCAUGGACUUUGGCCUAAUUACAAUGAUGGGUCAUACCAUCAAAAUUGUGAUUCUAACAACCCAUUUGAUGCAUCUAAGAUUUCAGACCUCAUCAGUAACAUGAGAAAGAACUGGCCAUCAUUGUCUUGUCCAAGCAACGAUGGGGAAAGCUUUUGGUCACAUGAAUGGGAGAAACAUGGUACCUGUUCCGAGUCUGUCUUUGAUCAACAUCCCUACUUCGAAACAACACUCGGCUUAAAGCAACAAACCAAUCUCCUUAAAGCUCUUAAAGCUGCAGGAAUCGAGCCAGAUGGAAGUAGUUACAGUUUGGAGAACAUUAAAGAUGCUAUAAAAGAAGGAAGUGGGUAUACACCUUGGAUAGAGUGCAAUGAAGAUUCAUCAGGGAACAGCCAACUUUACCAGGUGUAUCUAUGCCUGGACAAAUCAGGGUCCAACCUCAUUGAAUGCCCCGUUUUUCCUAAAGGGAAGAGAUGUGGGUCGGAGAUUGAAUUUCCUACCUUUUAGACUCUUGUUAUAUUUGGAUUUCCAGCAUUUUUAUUUCUCAUGUCGUGAUAUAGGUUCAGGGCUUGUUGUCUUUGUAUUUUAUGAUUGGAAUCAUCACCCAAAUGCCAGUUCAAUGAAAAGAAA